CUUUGUGUUGGUCACCGUUGGCUAUUGCUCGCCUGCCAAAAAGCACCCAAACACUGGCUUCUCACCAUAACAUGGUCCGCAGGAGUAGCGUCGAUGCUUUAAAAACGUGUCGCUGAUAGCUGCAAGCAGUUCUCCGAGGAGUACCAUCAUUUGUUAUUACAUAAUGAAGAAUUACUCUCAAGAAUGACUGAUUCUGUUAGGGUCUGCAGCAACCAACGAUUGCGCAUCUGGAUUUGGCCGAGCCGCUACCACUAGCUAGCGGACAGGCUAGCAGAGCAGAAUGCUGUAGCGCUCUCCUCUGCAGUGAAUCCAAUUUAGUAUCGACUGGAUAAUUUAGCCAGCUGUCAGUUUGCAGCCCUCACUAGUUAGCUCGUGCAGUAGCUGACGUUUAAAGGCCUGCCGAAAAUGUAAACCACCAUGCAAACAAAGAGACGGGAAAUGGCAGUGCCAGUGAUGGCCUCCCCCCUCCCUGUCUCCUUCAUCCUGGUGGUUCUCCUGUUGGCUGAGUCACUUGUGUGCCAGACAGGGGCCUGCAAGGGCCACAGGCAAGUUUUGAGGGGACCACCUGGCUAUGUGACAGAUGGAGCAGGAAACUACUCUGUCAAUGGGAAUUGCGAGUGGCUCAUCAAAGCUCCCAGCAACAGUCACCGCAUUGUCUUGAAUUUCACCUUCAUGGACACAGAGUGCACUUAUGACUACCUUUUUGUGUAUGAUGGGGACUCCUACCAAAGCCCCCUGCUAGCCAGUCUGAGUGGCAACACGGUACCCCAGCCCAUUGAAGCAAAGUCUGGCAAGAUGCUGCUUCAUCUCUUCAGUGACGCUAAUUACCACCUCCUGGGGUUCAAUGCAACUUACACCUUCUCUUUGUGCCCUGGAGCGUGUGGCGGUCAUGGUCGUUGUGAUUUCUCUACAUCAAAGUGCCAUUGUCAUCAGGGUUGGGGUGGGCCCUCAUGUACAACCCCUCUGUGCACUCAAGCUUGUUCUGUGAACGGCCAGUGUGACAAGAAAGGAGAGCGUUGUGUGUGUAAGCCAGGCUUCGUGGGUCAAAGCUGCCAGCUUGGUCUCUAUAAUGACAGCGGUGCAGGGAAGUGGUGGCGUGUGAGUGAAGAAAACCCCUACACACCUCCCAGGACAGGUUCUGCAGGCGUGUACCUCUCCUCCACAGGAGCCAUGUACCUCUUUGGCGGAUUUGAUCUGAACAGAGCUCUUGGUGACUUGAUCAAAUACAAUUUCACAUCCAACCAAUGGGAAAGCAGGUCUUAUGGUCAUUCACCUGUGGCUCGUCAUUCCCACACAGCAGUAGAGUAUAUGGGUAAAAUGGUUAUCUUUGGUGGAGAGCUAGCCAACGGCUCCCUGGCCAAUGAUGUGUGGAUGUACCGGCCUCUCAAUGAUGACUGGCAACAGCUUGGCUUUUCCACUUCACCUGGUGCUCCUAAACUGGCUAAUCACGCUGCGGCUAUAGUAGACAGUUAUCUCUAUGUGUUUGGAGGUCGUACUGAUCAGGAUAUGUUUUCCUCAACUCUGUAUCGGUUUGGCCUGCAUGGCUCUGGACGGUGGGAGACGGUUCAGCCCACAGGUGGGAAGCCACCUGCCACUGCUGGGCACUCCAUGGUCUUCCACAGCCCUUCCAGGACAUUGCUUGUCUAUGGAGGGCACAGGCCUACCACUGCCAGGUUUAGUGUCAGGGUGAACAAAACAGACGUGUUCCAUGUGGAUCGACGAUUUUGGACAUCCUUCCGUUCGCGUUUUGCAGCAACUGGCCCAAGAGAGCGAGCUUUCCAUUCAGCCACUGUCAUCGGAAACUACAUGGUUGUCUAUGGAGGGAAUGUGCACAUUCAUUACCAAGAGGAAAAGUGCUAUGAUGAGGAAAUCUUUUUCUACCAUCUGGGUUGUCACCAGUGGGUCUCGGCAAAGGAGAAACUCGUGUUCACAGAAGGUGGAGAUGCUAUGAGGGGGCGUUACUCACAUGUUGCUGCAGUGAUGGAGGGACGAGUGUUGCUGGUUGCUGGAGGUUACAGUGGCGUUGCGCGUGGAGACCUUGUGGCUUACAAAGUUCCCCUUUUUGUCAGUAGCGACCAAGGUGACAGGGAUGCUGUUUGUGCUGAGGCAGUAGAUGAAAGUAUGUGCCUGAAGAACCCAGAGUGCAGCUGGUGUGAAGGCCGCUGUCGAGAGUACCAGCCCACUAACCCGUGUGGAAGUACUGGUUGCUUGGGCCUCGCUCGCUUCCUGUCUGACUGCCAGUCCUGUCUGGUGUUCAGUGGCACUCCAGCUUCUCUGGCCCGUGCCCCUGGUGAAUUUGGCUGGUGUGUUCAGAAUGAGUCCUGCCUACCAGUGUCAGAGCGAAGUGCGUGCCGUGUGGACCAGAUCUCAGGGGCGUACGGCUGGUGGGGGGAGCGUACCCUUUUCCUAACCUCCCUCCACUCCUGUCGCACCGAGAACUAUGUCCCGGGACUGCACCUGCUCACCUUCCAGCACCCCCGCAACGACUCCCAGCCUGACCAGGUAACCAUCCUCCGCAGCGCCACCACCAUGCUUGGCCCCACCACAGAAAUGGACGUAGCCUUACAGUUUAGGGGGUUUGUCCACCCAUUGUGGGGCGGGCCUCCACCUGCACCCCCUCCUACAGAGACUGUCUCCAUGUGGGCUCGCAUCCAGCGGCUUCACUUUGAGGCUCGAAUGGCAACAGGACCCAACUCCAGCCAGAUGGAGGUGGUGGGUCGCUGGGCAGCUCCGCAGGAAAAGGAGCUGAAGCUCCUGGCUCGACCAGAUGGGAGUCGACUUUUCUCUAACCUCACUCGGGGAAACCAUUACCUUGUUCAGGCGGAGGGCUACCUGAACAACUCUGGCUCAGGACAGACAAGUGAGAUGGCCUUGAUUUGGAACAGAACGUUGCCUGAAGGAAAUGAGAUCAACUUCCUAUUCUUGGAGCCGUACCGCUCAGGUUCCUGCUCAGGGUACAUGUCCUGUCUGGCCUGUCUGUCAGACCAGUCUUGUGGCUGGUGCCCGUCUUUGUCCCGCUGUCUGCUGCGUGACAGCCCAGACCUCGAACCCUGCCCUGAGGGCCAGAACAGUGAAGGGAAGAUGGAAGGUCAGUGCCAUCUGCUGUUGGCACCCCAGCACUGCACCAUGUGUAAAGAGUACAGAGACUGCUCUGCUUGUACUCAGGACCCUUAUUGUGAGUGGCAGAUAAACUCCAGCAAGAAAGGCGACUACCAGUGCAGUCGGCGGGGAAGAGUAGAUGGAUCCAUACGUGAUCCAAGGGGGUGUCCUAAAGUGUGCAACCAGAGAAAGACAUGUGGUGAAUGCCUUUCCAACUCCAGCCAGUGUGCGUGGUGUGAAUCUGCUCAGGCCUGCUUCUAUUUUGCUGCCUACCUCACAAAGUACCCCUAUGGACAAUGUAGGGAUUGGUAUGACAGUGUUCACUCAGUUCCCCAGUGUAAGCAGUGUUCAGCUUUAAACACAUGUACAGAGUGCCUGAGGACUUUCCAGUGUGGCUGGUGUGGUGACUACAAUAAUCCCACAAUUGGAAAGUGCUUGAGGGGAGACUGGGCAGGAAUGGAUGAUCCAUCAGUGUAUAACUGUAGUGUGGCUGUGGCUGAAGCUCGGGCUGCAAACCCUGAACCCCAAACUUCAGCCCCACCGCGCCCCCUAGAAAUGGAGAUGGAGUUGGAGCAUUUGAGUGAUGAAGAGCAAGAUGCAAUCUGGGCCUAUGGCACUUGUCCUGAUGUAGAGGAAUGCAGGCUGGGCCUCCACAACUGUCACCCCUCUGCCACCUGCAUCAACACUCCCACUUCAUAUGAGUGCCAUUGUGAGAGAGGAUUCACAGGGGAUGGCACACUGCACUGCAACCAAACCUGUUACAAUGAGUGUCGUGAGGGCCAGUGUAGCGGCAGCCCACGGUUUGAGUGUGAAUGCUCCCUGGGCUGGACAUCUGAUCCCGCUACUCUGGUUCUGAGUGGUGUAGAAUGUGAUGUUGACUGUGGCUGCAACUUCCACUCCACAUGUAUUACUGCUCCAGGGAUCUGUGAUGAAUGCCAAGACUGGACUACAGGGCCUCACUGUGAGCACUGCCGUCCAGGUAGCUUUGGCUCAGCCCUGGCUGGUGGUAGCAGCUGUGUUCCCUGUGAGUGUAACGGACACGGCGACCCUCUCCAGGGAUACUGUCACAACCAGACAGGCCAGUGUUACUGCACCCACAACACUCAGGGACCACACUGCGAGUCCUGUCUGCCUGGUUACUAUGGAGAUCCCAGGAACAAUGGAACAUGUUACCGCCAGUGCCAGGGCCGCUCUGUCCUGCUGUCCUCCACUUCCUCCACCACCAUUCCACUGUCUUCUUCUUUGGGGUGGCUGAGUGGCACAGAGGGGAAAGGUGGGCUUUCUCAUUGCCUGUGGGUCCUCUCUGUGACUGAGAACCUGGCACCCUGUCUGCCAAGACAGUUUUGUCCCCCAGUAGCUCUCACGCUACACCCAGACUCUCAUACACAUUGUAAAAGUUCGUAUGUCUAUGUGUUUGAUGGCCUGCCUCGUUUUCUGGGUAACGGAGUCGUACAUUCUGAUCACAAUCUAAUUGGAGCAUUUUGUGGCACCACGAGGACUCAGCCUAUCACAGUGGAGGCCACUUCAGGUGUGAUCUCAGUCUACUUUGAAGCCAACGUCACUUCAGACAGACCUCAAGGCUUCAAUGCAUCUUUCUGGGUACGACGGUGUCAGCAGAGCUCUGAGGAUGAAGAUGGAUCUGUAUGUCCGGGUGGAGCCCAGUGCCAAGGUGGGCUCUGCCAGUGCCCUCAGGGAUAUGGGGGACCACACUGUGACCGGCUAGUGUGCCCUCAGGAUUGUGGAAUAGCAGAAGGAAGAGGAACUUGUAAUAUAUCUCUGGGAGUGUGCGUGUGCUCAGAGAGCUGGGUUGGGUCAGACUGCUCUAUUCCUCGAGACUUCAACAGCUUGGUGUGGGAAACCUUACUGGACACACAGAUGACUGUGAACCAGGCCCACAGGUUCCUCCACAGGAUGGGACACUCUCUGGUGUCUGGACCACAGGGCAACCUCUGGAUGUAUGGAGGGCUUUCUCUGACAGAGGGAAUUCUGGGAAAUGUCUAUAGAUAUUCUGUGUUGGAACGUCGUUGGACCCAAAUGUUGACAAGCUCUUUGGAAGAAGGGUCGAUGCCAAACCCUCGUUACCAUCACGCCUCUGCAAUGCUGAGUCAUGAGUCUGGUUCUGGAGCCAAUCACAACUUUAUGUUGGUAGUAGGCGGGGUCACUCAAGAUGGCGUUUCCAUGGAUACCUGGACUCUCAAUCUCAGCAGUUUAGUUUGGAGAGAGCACAAGAGCACAGUGCUUCCUCCAGUGGCAGGUCACACUUUAACUGUACGGCGAGAUUGCUCUGUGCUGUUGAUUGGCGGGUACUCUCCUGAAAAUGGUUUCAAUCACCAUUUACUUGAGUUCAGCCCUCAGUCUGGAAACUGGACCAUUGCCCCCCACACUGGCACACCACCUACAGGUUUGUAUGGCCACACAGCAGUCUACCAUGAACAGACUGAUGCCAUCUAUGUCUUUGGAGGCUACCGCUUUCACGUGGAAAGUGUAGAGCCAUCUGCUGAGCUCUACAGCCUGUAUUACCCCAACCUCACCUGGUCUUUGCUGGCCACCUCUCAGGGUAUUAGUAAGAAGUUGGAAAAUCCAAGCAGUUGACAUCCAUCCAUCCACUUUAGAAAGAUAACUUCUGUAUUCCUGCUGUGUCAUCUCUCUCCUGUGUAGCCCCUGUCCCGUUUCUUCCACGCUGCUGCACUGAUUAAAGACACUAUGGUGAUUGUGGGCGGCAGGACAGAAGCAGAAGACUACAGUAACUCUGUCUCUCUGUACCAGAUCAACUGUAACACCUGGAUACAACCCGUGUCAGCUGUUGGAGAUCCGGUUAAUGGUUCGGUGUCCCUUGCCAUGACGAGCUGGGGCGGUCGUCUCUUCCUGUCAGGAGGCUUCAAUGGCGUCACCCUUGGCAGACUCCUAACCCUGUCUGUGCCCUCUGACCCCUGCGCCCUUCUUCCCACACCAGAGGCUUGCAACACCACCACAGGCAGCUGCAUAUGGUGUAGAGGGAGCUGUGCUUCUUCUGACACUGCUGAGAGAAUGGGAUGCUUCACUGGACAGUCUCCCUGUUCUCCAACCCCUCGUGAGCCAGACCAAUGUCGCAGACUCAAGACAUGCAGUGAAUGCCUUGCACGACACCCUAAAACAUUUUCCAGUCCAUCCCAGCCUGUUUUACAGUGUAAGUGGUGCACAAAUUGUCCAGAGGGGGCUUGUAUCAGCAGCUCUCUCAGCUGUACAGCUGUACAUGACUGUCGAAUCAACCAGAGAGAGAUCUUCCUGUCCAGCAACUGCACUGAGACUAGCUGUGAGGCUUCUGACUGCCCCAAGUGUACAGCUUCUGGAAAGUGCAUGUGGACUCGCCAGUUCAAACGCACAGGCGAAACGAGGCGCAUCUUGAGUGUGAAUCCCACUUAUGACUGGACAUGUUUCAGCUACGCUCUGCUCAACGUCUCACCCAUGCAGGUGGAGUCAUCCCCUCCUCUGCCGUGCCCUCCGCCAUGCCACAGUCUCCAUAACUGCAGCCUUUGUCUGAGCUCCAAUGGCUCUGAUGGGGGCUGGCAGCACUGUGUGUGGAGCAUGGCCCUGCAGCGGUGCAUGAGCCCAUCUUUUGUGCCCCUCCGGUGUGAGGCAGGCCAGUGCGGUCGACUGCUUUCUAGGGGAGACUCCUGCUCUCCCCAGUGCUCCCAGCUCACUCAGUGCUCCCAGUGCAUUGCUAGGCCUCAGUGUGGUUGGUGUUCUUCUCGCGGGGGCAAUGGGGCUGGACGCUGCCUACAGGGAGGACUUGAUGGUGUGAGUGAGGGUGUUUGCCGUUUGACAAACAGCAGUUGGUCUUUCCUCCAUUGUCCAGAGGAGGAUGAAUGCGCCAACGGUCAUCACAACUGUAACAGCACUCAGGACUGCCACGAUCUGCCACAAGGAUACCACUGCACCUGCAAACAGGGUUACAUACUUAGCAGUGUUUCUGGUCAGUGUGAGCCAGUUUGUGCACAAGGCUGUGUGAAUGGGACAUGCACAUCCCCCGGAGUUUGCCAGUGUCACUUUGGCUUUGUAGGGGAUAACUGCUCCUCUCAGUGCAGCUGCAACAAACACAGCAACUGUGCUGGUGUUAACAAACCAGAUGUUUGUUUGGAGUGUCACAAUAACACCAUGGGUAAACAUUGUGAGAAGUGUAAGCCUCUGUUUGUGGGCUCUGCCAAGGGGGGUGGCACUUGCCAUCCAUGUCGGGAAUUUUGCAAGGGAAACAGCGCUGUGUGUCUAUCCCGGGAUGAACUUAAGAAGGCACAGGAUAAUCCACAGUUAUUUCCUCUUGACCCUAACAGCAUUCAGUCCUGGGUGUCUGAGGGUCCUACAGAGGAGAAUGCUGUAUGUGUAAAUUGUCAGAACAACAGCGUAGGAGAUCGGUGUGAGAGCUGCCUUAGUGGCUACUUCCUGCUGCAGGGGAAGUGUGAGAAGUGUCAGUGUAAUGGCCAUGCAGACACAUGCAAUGAACAUGAUGGCACAGGCUGCCCCUGCCAAAACAACACAGAGACCUCCUCCUGCCUCAGCAGCCCCCAGAGUGAUCGCAAAGAUUGCUACAGGCAACAGUGUGCAAAGUGCAAGGAUUCUUUCAAUGGCACACCAGUGAAUGGGCGUCAGUGCUACCGUCAGUUUAAUGUGGACACAGAGUGCUGCUUUGACCCCACAUCGCAGACCAACUGCUUCCAUGAUCCCACUAUUCGCAACCUGCCCAAGGGGCGCACUGUAUUCUUUGCUGCCCAGCCAAAGUUCACCAAUGUGGACAUUCGGGUCACCAUUGAUGUCACUUUUGGUGAGGUGGAGGUGUACGUGUCCAACUCUCAUGACACCUUCAUUGUGGACGUAGAUCGAUACACAGGGAUUCACACCAUCAAGAUCGAGGAGGAAUCUGUAGUUCCAGGGAAAACUGCCGGGACUGAAAAGGAUUCCCCUCCGUCCCCUAUAAAGGUGUUUGCCAAUACCUCAUCCAGCUUUGCAGGUUCUGUGCUCUCCCAAAGCCUGCAAGCAAAACCUCCAGGAGCGGAAAGGGAAAUCAGAGAGGAACGUGCUGAAGGACUCAUCACUUAUAUCACCGUGUGGAAACCCCAGACAGUGCUGAUUGUCCGUGGUGUUCGAGAUCGCGUGGUGAUCACCUUCCCCCAUGAGGUGCACUCCUUGAAAUCUAGUCGCUUUUACAUCGCUCUGAGAGGUGUGGGAACUGAAGAGAGACAAGGAGAGUCCCAGGGCCUGCUGUUUCUGCGACAGGACCAAGCCCACAUUGACCUUUUUGUCUUCUUCUCUGUCUUCUUCUCCUGCUUUUUCCUCUUCCUGUCUGUCUGCGUCCUCCUGUGGAAGGUUAAGCAGUUCCUGGACUUCCGUCGGGAGCAGCGUCGCCACAUUCAGGAGAUGACCAAGAUGGCAUCAAGGCCUUUUGCUAAGCUCACUAUAUACCUUGAGCCGGAAGAGCCUCAGCUCAUCUACUUGCCUUCAUCUGGUGGAGGCGUAGGGGGCAGCACUGUGUCGCUUGCUCAUGCCCGCACAAGCAAGUUAAGUGGAGUAGUGGUUGGCCAGAGGGGCAGAGCAGGACCUGUCUCCUAUAAACAUGACCCAUCCUCCGGACCCACAGCCCAUCACCACCAUCACCUCACCUUGGGUGGAGGAGGCAACAGCGGCCAGCAUUUACCACUGCACUACUUGAACACCCAUCAUUAUGCCAGUACCACAGCUGGCAACCCAGCCUCACAUCAUCACCACCCAUCCACAUACAGCGCUUACCAGCACUUUUGCCGUCCUGACCCUUUCCUCUCUCAGCUUAUGGGCUUUUCCUAUUCCUCCUUCAAGGUGGGGCCCAUUACCCUGGAGCCCACAGAUGAUGGUAUGGCUGGAGUGGCUACAGUCCUCUUCCAGUUGCCGGGGGGUGUCUUGGCUCCAAACCGCGCCUGUCUGGGCUCCGCACUGGUUACUUUGCGACAGAACCUGCAGGAAUACUGUGGCCACGGCAAUGGAGGCGGGCAUCCAGGAGCGGGUGCGGGCCGCAAGGGGCUGCUAGGGCAUCAGCACCUGACCACUAUGGCUAUGUAGAGAAACAAGUAACAUUUUUAUGAGAGAAUAAGUCUUUAAAGUAUUUGGUAUAUAAUAAAUUAAUUUUGAAAGAAACACAGCCACAAGGCAAUGACAAAAUCCAAAAGUAAGAGCAGCUUGAGCAUUUUGAAGAGAUGUACAUAUACUGUAUAAUGAAUUUAAAGUGUCUUUUAUUCUAUUAUGUGUUGCUAUACUGUAUUUCAGUGCUUCACAUGACCAAGCCAGCUGUCUCUAGAAUGCACUACAACUGCUAUACGUAUCAGCAAAAUGCAUCACAUCGUGUCUGUGAUCACUAAAGAGGUAUGAGUGCACUCGACAGAUUAUGCGACUGAAGACUGAAGCUGACUCAUGUUAAAAUUAUUCUCAUUGACCAACAGAGGUGUAAAACCAUGUGCUUGCUUUGGAACCAACAUGUGCUUUAUACCCCCCUCCCCAAAAAAGUGACAAUCAGAAUUACCAUUGAGAACAAAAGACUGAUGUGCAACAUUUUGAUUGUCAGCGCAGGAAAAAAGUCUGAGUUACCUGUGAGAUGGUUUUUAUAUCAUAGUCGAUAUGAAUGAUUUAUUAAUUGUUGCUAAGUAUAUGGCAGGCUUCUAAGCUACACUUUUGUGUUAAACAGACUCUUCAGUAUGUUUCCGCAUAUGCAUUCACUUGCUCUGUUACGUUAUACAUCUUUUUGCUCGUCUGCCUUCACUUCUUGCCUUGUCUGAGUCAGAUGGCUUACACUGAAUACUUGUGUUAAUGGUGGUGCAGCUCCUGGAAGAUGUAAAACUGACAUUUAGAAUUUUCUUUCAUAAGUUGUUUUGAAUUGAGAAGUUGUGAAGGAUCAUGUUUUCAGUAUCAUUUUUGCACUCGCAACACUACAGUAACUUAACAGAACUCGUCCAUUAAAAUGAAGAAAUUGUCCUUUUUAUGAUUAUUUUUUGUUCACAUUAAAUGUGUGUUGGUGUUGGGAUGGUUCAUUGAGCUGCCUUUGUUUUUUUUAAGGCAGCUUGCCUUCUUAGGUGAUUGUAUGCACCAGUCAAACUAUGGUCUAACUAAAAAUAAAUAAAUACAGUAUGAACAGUUACAUUUCAUUAACAGUGGAAAGUUCUCCUGGUGAGAGGUUUGGAAAGGUUUUGCAGCAUUAUUUUAAUUGAUUUACAUGGUCACUGGUUUGUGUUAACGUGAGUAUUUUUGAUUUACUUUUUUGCACUGCACGGAGCCAUAGGGCUUCAGAAUUCAUGUGAAACACAAGAGUGGGGUGUCAUCCAUGCUCGGAUGGCAAACAUUGUCGUGGACGAACUCAGAAUGGUGCUACUGGCGUUUUUUCUUUUUUUUCUUUUUUUUUGGGGGGGUAGUUCAGCAAAAUAAAGCUCAUAUGAAUACUGUCACUGUUUAUAGCAGCCAUGCCCAAAUGAGCAUUAAAAUUGUUGUGUCUUGUAUCUCUGUGUAAUUUUUUUUAACAUGCUUUAUUUUUGUACAUAACUUUUGUUGUGUUUGUAUUUUCAUUUUCAAAGAAGGGAACAGUGUUGUACAAAGGAUUGUGUGAGGAGUCUGUCUUGAGUCGGCUGAAAUAAAGUCUGUGGAACAUGA